AUGUCCGGAAUUGGCGGCUAUAUCGAGUGCUUAGAAAGUCAUAAGGUUCCGGUAAAACUAGGAACUGCUUUCGGAGAAAAAAUUUGCAUGACCAUACAGACCAAACCAGUCAUAACAAACGGAUUCCCUUCAGUGAAUAUGAACACAGAAGAUAUUGAGUUCUUGAAAACAAACACUAUAUGUUUAGCAAAUUCAAAGCUUCGUGGUGAACAUCAAAAUCAACACAUUCUCUUUGGACUGGACUACUACCACGAUUUAGUUACGGAUCCAGCAAAGGGAAUCCGAACACCAUCUGGCUUUCAUAUAGCAAAAACGGUUUUUGGACCUACAAUUUAUGGUCGAGGAACCAGCAAAAUAAGUGAAACCGCUAACACAGUAUGUCACAGCCUGACAAGAAUUUCCGAAAACACGGAACAAGAACUCUUACAGAAAAUGUCUGAGUUGGACGGCCUCGGUAUCAUGCCGGAAGAAACCCAGGGAGACGAAAACGUUCAAAGAUAUUUCGAAGAAUACUCGAAAUUGAUCUCAUUUGAAAACAAUAUCAUCACAGUUCCCUUUCCGCUGAAAGAAAAUGUAAUCCAGUUGGAAAAUAACUACUCAGUAGCUAUAAGAAGGCUAAAAUCCUUACAAAACAUCCUCUUAUGUAAUCCUGAACAAAAGUAA